AUGGGAAGACUAGUUCAAGUUACCUCCCUGGCUGAAGAUCGCUGCAGGAGACCAAGCCUUUACAUUCUACAACUUCUAUUCAAGGAGUUCAAUUUAAAUCAGAUUGUGUGUGACCAUGGGGUACAUAUACUUGUCCCUAUGGGAUUGGUCCUUGGAUUUUAUCUGGACAGAAGGAAUGAUGAAAAUCUAACUGCCUUCAGGGACAAGGGUGGUUUGUUAUUUAAAAGAAAAUUGAGACCCAGUGAAGAAGUUACCUGGAAGUAA